GGAGAGGAACGGAGGAUGGGGUUCAUGCUGCGGGUGAGGCUGGCCUCCUUCUUCGCUGGCGCGGCGGCCGCGGCGGCCGGCGGCGGCUACUUCCUCUACAAGGACUACAAGCUCGCCCACGACUCCACCGCCCUCAAGGUGAAAGGUCUCUACGACCACGUGGACGCCCGUUACAAGGCUCUCGACAAGCGACUUGCAGCUUUGGAAGCCCAGAAAAGCGCAGAGUCCUCUCCAGUUGUGGACGCUCCAUCGGAUUAGUCGGCUGUUAUCACGAGGCUUGAGCAUGGAUGAUUUUUAAGUCUGUUUACUUUAACAUGUGUUUUCUUCUCCUUUUAAGGCAAGAGCCCUGUGACUGACAGCGAAAUAAUCUAGCGAACAGUUUUUGUGGUGUGGGAAAGAAUCUUGUUUUGUUGCAUGAGGGGAUACACAGAUCUUUACAGACCACUUAACACUUACCUGUCGCUUAUCCUGGGGAACCUUUUAUACAUGUAAUCUUCUCAAGUUCUCAAGUGUUGGCUGUUAA